AUGGCCAAGGACGUGUGGGGCAGCCUGCUGCGCGGUGCGCGCGCACGGUAUGCCUUUGUGUCCAAGACGCUCGUCAUACUGGGUACGUGGAGAUGGCUAAUAGCAGGCGAGCCUGGGAGUGGCAAGUCGACGCUCGUGCGCCAGCUGGCUGGCAGUGCGGACGCGCGCGCGUCGGUGCCGAAAGAGUCGUCAGGGCCCCUGGGCUUUGGGUUCCUGGAGCUGAAUGAGGAUCCACAUGCGGAAGGUAUGCACGAUGACUCACACUCAGAGCGCCUUCGAACGGGCGUGUACACGGUGCACUCGGCGGACGCGUCGGUCACGGCGACACUGCCCUAUGCCUUUCCGCCUGUGGAGAUGGCGGCCGACGCGACUGCCGUGGCUGCUUUGCGCCGGCUGCGCGAGUCCCUCUUUGUGAUUGCGCUCGAUGCGAGCCAGCCGUGGGCCAUGGUGCCGCAGCUCGUUGCUUGGCUCGCCCUGCUUCAGCGGCUCGUCGCCCAGGCCCAUGCGUCUGGCUGCCAUACUGACGCCGAUACCGUACGUGCCGCGAUGCGUGCACAUAUCGAGGAGCUCGUCGGCAGCUCUAGCGAGACGCACCUGACCGACAAUCUGGGCGUGCCCCUUGUCUUUGUGCUGACCAAGGCCGACGCGGCCGAAGCGCUCGUCGCCGAGCAGCGGAUGACCGAGGCCCAAUGGGACUAUCUCCAGCAGGCACUGCGGACGGUGGCCUUGCGUUUCGGUGCGGCCAUCUUCGCCACCACACAGAGCCGCGCGCCGUCGUACAAUGGUGUACGAGCAUUUAUCCGCCACAGGCUGUAUGCGGACGCAGAGCUUCCAGGUGUUUCGAUCCCAGCGUGCGAUUUGGAGCCUGUGACGGCGGACGUAUCGCGCCUAUGUAUCCUACCUGGCUGGGACUCGUGGGCCAAGAUUGAGGCGGUGCACGAGUCUUUUUCGUGUGCGGCGUGGAGCGAGGCAUUUUCGCGUGAUCUGGCGCAUCCGGGACCAGGUGCACAGGCUGAAGGACCGCCCACUGCCUCGCAGAUGGCGCGGGACAGGGUGCCAGCGCCCGAGUACGACACCGAGGACGAGGUGCCGAGCAUCGACGUGCCCCCCUACGAGACGUUCCUCGAGACGCUGCCUAUGCCGUCCGGCGAGGCGAGCGAUGCGCCGCGCUUGUCCAUCGACACCCUCCGCGCGCCCGUGCGCAAUGCCUUGGGGCCAUCGAUGCAUGCAUCGACGCUCGAUAUGCCGGCCGUUGGCCGCGCGAUGGAGGAGCAGGCCAAAGAGCUCCCUGGACCCGCAGACCCAGGGACGCCGGGCCGUGUAUCGAAGCGCACCGAUGAUGUGCGGUCGCCCAGUGUCACGACGCCUAAACAGACCGAGAAGCCGGCGAGUCCUGGAUCGGCUCCGCAUACACCAUCUGCUCGUCUGCAGCAGCGUGCGCGGAGGCGCAAAGAAGAAGGGGGUAUAUAG